CAGCUCGAAUGCAUCAAACAUAAAUUUGCCAGAAGACGUGUAAGCGAAAAAGCAUGAACGUCAAUUUAAAGAAAAAUAAGCAACAAUUAAUCAUUUCGGCCUUGCCCUCAAAACUAAUUAAUGAUUUUGCGUAUUAGGCAGUCAAGAGAAGUAGGCUAGGCAAGUUUGAAAACUUUUGCUUUCGAUUUUUUUAAAACUACGUAGUCCUGUACGCCGUUUACAUGCGUGUGUUUGCUUUUGACACAAUCAGGAUCUUGGCUAUUGAGGUUUGAAGAAAAGUAGCUGCAAUGAAUACAAAGGCAAAUAUUCCCCUCACCAAAGAGGGAAUUGAGAUUGUGAAAAAUAGUCAGCAAGCCUUAUGCACUGUUUUAAAAGGGAAAUUUGGUUGCACAGCUGUGAUCCACAAUGUGGAUGUGCCCACCACUUCAUCCUCUGGCAGUGUCAACCUGACAACCAUGUUUGAAAUGAAGUACUGUAAACAGGUGGUCAAUGGCCUGAAGAUAUCUGUGUGGAAGGAUGAUCUUACAGUUCAUAAAGCGGAUGCUGUGGUCAAUGCAGCCAAUGAGUACUUAAGUCAUGGAGGAGGACUGGCUCUAGCGCUGAGCAAAGCUGGAGGUCCUCAAAUCCAACAAAUGAGUGACCAAGUCAUACAUCUUCAUGGAAGAGUACCCACAGGUCAAGCUGCUGUUACCCUAGCUGGGAAUCUUCCUUGUAAGAGGAUCAUACAUGCAGUUGGACCUUGUGUGUCCCGAAAUCCAGCACAGUCGGAACUUGACAUGGCAAGACCCUUGCUAGAGAAAGCUAUUUGGACCAUCUUACAACUAUCUGAAUAUAAUAACCUGCAGUCUGUGGCAAUCCCUGCACUUAGCUCUGGCCUUUACAAUUUUCCACUGCGUUUUUGCGCAGACAUCAUUGUGAAGACUGUGAAGAUGUUUGGUGAUAUGCGAACCGCACCAGGCAGGAGUCUGGAUGUCCGUCUAGUAAAUAAUGAUGAUCCUUCAGUUCUGGAGAUGCAGAGAGCAUGCAGGGAAAUCUUGGGGCCUUCUGACCACAUGGAGCAAUGGGACAAAUCAGUACCAAGACAAAUCAGUGCCAAAGCACCAACUUCGUCUCCAUACCCUAGUCUGGACCUGGGAAACAUGACAUUGUUCAUCAAAACAGGGGCCAUCGAGGAAGAGGCAGCAGAUGUUAUUGUGAACACAGUUGGACGAGACCUCUGCUUAUCAGUGGGGCAGAUUUCAAACGCUAUAUUGAACAAAGCUGGCCCCAAGAUGCAGGGUGAAAUACAAAGGCAUAGAAUUGGAUUUGCUUCUGAUGGUGAUGUUUUUAAAACUGGCCCCUAUAUGCUGAGAUGUAAGGCAGUGUUCCACACUGUUUGUGCUGAAAAGGGCAGUAGUAGCAGUGCUGAUAAGAUUCUUCAUUCAGUGGUCAAACGAUGCCUUUCCAUGGCCAGCAAACAAUUUUUCUCAUCCAUAUCUUUUCCUGCUAUUGGCACUGGCAGUCUUGGCUUUCGGAGUGAAGACGUUUCUAAGAUAAUGAUAAAUGCAGUAAAAGAAUUUUCUUCUACAUAUCGGGGAAAGAAAAUGGAUGUAUAUUUUGUAAUUUUUUCAAAGGACACAUUCAGGGCUUUUGAACAGGAGGUAGCUUUACUUGAGAGUGCCACAAUCAGUAGUCCCACUGGCAAAAGCUCAGCAUUUGAUGACAGUGAGGACAGUGGAAGGACACCUUGCAUUGAACUCUUCACUAACUCUCCGGAGGCACUGAGAGAGGCCCAAGCAUGGGCAGUCAGAAUGCUGCACAUGCAUUCAACCUCUGCUGAAGUGAAAAACAACCUUAUUGUGCACUUUGGCCAAGAGGAUCACACAGCUCUGAUGAACCUUCAGGCCAUAUUUAAUGUUGUCAUCACAGAGUUCUUUAGAAAGGGCAAAUGUGGUAUUCUCAUCAUUGGGGGGGCGUCUGUGGCGAUCAGUUCUGCUGCAAUACAUGUGGAGUCUAUGCUCUGCCAGGCCCAAGAUUAUUUUGCUCAGAUAGAAGAGGAAGACCUGCUACACUCAGUGGUCCGUUGGGAGGGUCUCCGUGGCUCAGAGGGACCAAGGAUCAGUGCUGCUUUGGAGAAGGCUUACCUUGCAUGUGCUGACACUGUUUCAGUGAAUGGCAAAACUUUCAAGCUUGACUUGGGCCUUGGCCAAGCGAAGAAUGAACAAGGGCAGUAUGAACAGUUCAGCAGGAUGUGUUUUUACAGUCUCUAUUCCAAGAUGCCCAAGUUACCCAGCCAGUCAUAUUAUGAGCGGACCCCCAUAGACUUAUCUGAUUCAGCAGAUAAAGAAAGGCAAAGGAAAUAUGCUAAAUGUGGACUGAAAAUUGUGAAGGUGGAGAAAAUGGAGAACUACGCCCUGAAGCAGCUCUUCGAGUUGAACAGGGAACGAGUGAUGGGUAAACCCCAGUGGCUGUACCAGUGUGUGAGGGCACAGUUUUGUGACCAGAUCUGCAGGGUGGGCUUCCAGAGGGAAUACGCACCACCUGAAGAGCAAGGCUAUGGAGCAGGAAUCUACUUCACUACCGAAAUGAAGCGAGCUCUAGAGCUGUGGGAAGACAGGAGCGAGGAGUUUAUCUAUAUCAUUGAGGCUCAAGUGCUCACUGGGAAAAGCAUUAAAGGUUCACCAGAAUUGAUUGUGCCCCCUCCAACUGGAUCUGACCCACUGGAUUGUUACAACAGUGUAACCAGUGAUUUGAAAGAUAUCUAUGUCAUCUUCCAUAGCCAGCAGGCCCUUCCACAGUUUCUCAUUACAUGCACCAAAAUCUUAACUGUUUAGCUUGUGGCCAUGUGUUUCAUUUUACACGUAGUAAUUAUUGAUUAAAAAAAAACUAGUAAAUACACCCCCCCACCCCAACUUAAUAACCAGAUACUGUUUAGUCAGUGAUGUUAUUGACAGUCUAUUUCAAUAGUUACAUUUGAGGUUUCACCAGUCACUUGGGGGGGAAGGGGGGAGCCGAAACAGGAAACAGGUGACUGACUUUAAACUCAAGCGCUGGGUUAGUGCUAGUUUACAUAAAUAAAUAACUAAAAGUAGUUGUGUUUCAUAUCUUAUUAUGAGUUAUGGGAUUAUAGUUUAAACUGUAAUACUGAUAAUGACGUUUUAGUAGUUUAUAGUUGGAUUCUCAAUGCAAACAGCUGAGGGUUGUGGUUGUAUAGUGGCUAUAAUGUUUUAAGUGUGUGGUGUACUCCAGUCUGUCCCUUGAUCAGACCAAUAAACUAACAUAUUUUAGCAGU